UUGAACGUAAAUGUGUGGUUCAGCUUUCGGUGAAGAAGUAAAAGGAAUAAGAUAAAGCGUUCUUUUUACUCUCUUUUACCGGUGAUCUUAACGUGUUGGAAGUUUGAAAGUUCUAACAUGCCUAGAGAGAGGGUCCAGAAGAAGUCCUUCCAGCAAAGCCUGGAGGACAUCAAGGACAAGAUGAAAGAGAAAAGAAAUAAAAGACUUGCAAGUGCCUGUACCAAAAACAAGGGCUUAACAACAGCGAAUAGUAUUAAUGCUUCUACAUUUAUCUUAAAAAAUGUUCAGAUUAAAAACAAGGCAUUGGCCCUGGCCCUUCAAGCGGAGAAAGAAAAAGGGAGACAGUAUCAGUGUAUCAUUUUACAGUUGAAGAAAGAGUACCAAGCUCUGAUGUUUCAUGUAUUCACAUUGAAAAGAGAACUCGGCAAGUAUGAAGCACAGAGCAGUACAAGGAGUUUUGUGGAUCCAAAGGUUUAUCCUGCUGCAGAUAUUCCAGUUAGAGCUAGUCCCAUCUGCACUGCCGAUACCAACCUUAAUAAAGGACAAACUAACGUUGAUGAAUUACGAAUUGCUCAGUCUUGCCCUUCAAGCAGAGAAUCAACAAAAGGAGGGCAGAAGCUUGAUGAAAACAAAGAGGAGAACCUUUGGCUCGAUAAUGUUUUGCCAAGAACUGUGACAGCGAGACGGCGAGAAGACCAUAGAAGACUGCCAUCUGUUAGCGUAGAUUCUUGCUCUAAUGAAGACAAAGAUGUGACCGUUUCUCCUCAAGUUAAAAUAGCAAAUGAAAACAAAUCAGACAGUAGCGAAAAGGUGUUUGUGAAAUCACAAAAUCAGGAGAAAAGGGCAAAACCAUUGCAUAGAGACUUGGAAACUUUGCCUGCUUGUAUCCACGAUGUCAAAAGUUCAACGCCUGAGCCUCCAGGCAAGACUCCUUCAGCACAGAAAAAGGAUAUUGAGACUAAGACUGAAAAGACAAAGAAAGACAAACAUGAGAAAGUCACAUUGAAAAGGGAAAAUAAUCCCAGAGCAAGAUCAAAAAGUAGAGAGCGUCCACAAUCGAAACAGAGACCUGUUUCCAAUGAGCAAUUUAAUGUAUCGCUGGGUUCAAAUGAUGCUUUUGAUUUUAACUGUGAAGAAAGUAUACAUGUCACACCUUUCAGGGCCACUUACAAGCAGAAUCGGACUGAUGGGGACAUGCUUUCUGUAGAUGCCUGCCCAGUUUCUACUUGUGGGAGUAAUACAGAUCCUGACAGUAGCAUAUCUAUGGAUCUGGAUGACAGUCUUUAUGAACCUAAGAAGUCUAAACAAAAUGAGGUGACACCACCCCGAAGAUCCAGGUCAAAAAGGAGCUCUGUUCUGCAGUCAAAUAAAAAAUUUGAAAAAAAUGUUAACAUUGAACCAAAAAGAGUGUGCAUCACAGCAUCUAGAGGAUAUAAUGGCACGAAAGAAACAACAGCAGAUGGUAAUCUGGAGGUUAAGAAUGGGACUGUGGAUACUGUGAACACUAAAAGAAAUCUAGGUCCGUCCAUUAACCCACCACCCUGUCGAUUCAGGCUUAGUGAUGUGACAAAUAUUUCUUCUGCAGCCUGUGCAAAGGAAUUUCAGGUGUAUUCCAACGAUUCACUGCAGCCUUCUAACUCGGAGACGUCGGGCUAUCCUGCUCAUAAACGUCGCUGCACCAUUAGUAUUAACUACAAGGAGCCAACUCUAAAUGUGAAACUUCGUAGAGGAGACCGAUUCACAGAUACCAAUUUUUUAAGGUCACCAGUCUUCAAGCAGAAGAAGAGGAAGACAAAAUCUAUGGAAAAUCAAACACUUGAGAAACGCAGCCCUUUAUCACCCGUCUCUAAAAAAGUACUAGCAUAUGCUAGUUAGUCAAGUGAAUUUGUUUUAAAUACAAAUCAAAUUUGCUGUACAAGUAGGGAAAACCUUAUUUUAUAAGGUUUAUAAUAUGCAGUUCCCUAUAUAUAAACAUUUCUCUUUGCACAUCCAUACACUUGCCUUCACAAAGCUGAUAAUACCAUUGUAAUAAAACUUACCUUUUUAUGGAGCCAUUACUCACUUGGUCCCUGUUAUUGUUUCCUUCUUGCACCUAGCCACAAACUUUUGUGAAAGAAGCUCUUUGCAGCUGGAAAUCCAGUAAUGACAAUGAGCACCAAAUGGCAGAACAGAAAUUGUUUCAGGACCAGUAUAUAUCAUUCUGUAGGGCCUCUAUAACAACGUAAACUUGGAAGUGUAUAGAUGUGCAAUGUACUUCUAAAAUUGCUGAACCAUUCUCAUGUUAUUGUUGGACUUGUAUUUUGCACAACAGAUUCCUGCUUUCUUUUUUAACAUCCAAGUUUUCAUAAUGCUUUUUAUCUUCACAUUUGCAAGGCAUCUUUGUCAAGGUAUAACUUGUUAUAGGUUUUAAAUGUUUGUGACUAUCCAGUCUCUUCUGAGCUUUUUAUGUUUUUUUAAAUAAAAUGUAAAAAUUUGUAAGUUGAUCAACUUCAUUUUGAUUUUGUACAAUACUGAAACCAUCCUUAAAAAAAUUGAAUGAUAAUGUCAUUAAGAUGUUAAAGGGUGAUGCUUUAGUUUUUAUCAUAACAUAAGAAGGUAUGCUUGGUUCCACUUGUGAAGUUGGCGAUCUAUACUGUAUUGUACUUUUUUGUGCCUAGAUAUACCACUUUAAAUAUUAGUAAUGUAAAAAUAAUGUGCAUAGACGACGUACAUUGAGAUCCUUAAAAAAUCAAUUCCAGUUUUCAAGAAGUUGUCAGGUUACAAAGAAGAGGAAGCUGACAGGGAAUCUCGUCCGGCAGCUUAAUGAGUGAAAGUUAUGUGCAUAGUCUGAUUCAAGAAUAUAUCUGUUGUUCCACACUUACAACCUUUUUUUCUUAAAGUACCUCCAUUCUUAGUUUUAAUGUACUUACCAAUAUUUACCACUUGUGUAAUGGUUUGUUUUUCACAGUUGAUUCUGAAGACAUUGAGAGGAUUGGCUUUUUUGAUAGCUGAGAAUUUUGGACAUGCAUGAGGCCCCUUAGGGACUUUUAUUUAAGAUUGAAAAGGUAACUUCUUUUAGGCUUAAAGGAAUAUCUUAGAUUUGUGAAAAGUACUAGAACUAUAAUCAAUGGGCUGAGAAGGACAAUGUUAUAUAAGUAUAAAUUAAAUGCUAUUGGUGAA